AUGAGGCAGAUGUCAGAAAUGCAGAUGUCCUCCUCAUCCACCUCCUCCAUCUCCCCCACCUUUACCUCCACCAUGCGCUCCACCAAGCUACGAAAAGUUGCUCAGGCCUUGUGAAGAACCUGGGGAGAGCACUGUGGGGUCCAGCGUAAAACCCCCGCUGUGGCGGAGUCCUUCAGCAAGGUACAGAAAUCCUCUGAGAUCCCAGAGGGAGAGACUGUCCCAGAUUUUGAGGAGAAGCUGCGGCCUGUCACGACCCAAGAGGGGGACAAUGCUGUGAUCAAGGCCAAGGUGAUGGGGAAUCCCCAGCUCAGUGUACGGGCCAGCAGGUGCCCACUGUCUGAUGCUAAGUCUUUCUAUGAAAACGUAAACAAGCAGCAUAAGGAUGAGGAUGCAUUUACCAAGAUACAGUACACAGCCAGAAUCAAAAGAGUGACCCUGGAGGAUGGUGAUGUCUACAAGUGCGUUGCCUCCAACAAGCACGGAGAAGCCUUUAUUUACUCUACAGCGCUCACUGUUAGUGAAAAUCCAGCGUUGGAUUUAAAAAAGAUGCUGAAGAAACGCAGCGUAGAGAAGAGGCCACCUGCAGAGGAGGGGAUCCUGGCUGGAGCUGACAAGAGGGACUAUGAGAGGAUCUGCUUCACCGACUUCAGAGGCAUCCUCGAGAAGCUGAAGGAGAUGAAGAAAGUGGAGGUGGAGAUGGUGCGUGUGCUGAAGCCCCUGGAGGACAUCGUCUUUGACACCAUCCUGGAAGUGAAGGAUCCAAACGUCAGGAUGCAAUGGUUCCUGGGCACAGAGCUGCUGCGGAUCCAGUAAUCUCAUGGGAAAUAGGAAGAGAAACAGAUGGGAACCAAGCACAUGCUGUGCAUUUCUGCCGUGGGCCUCAGUAACACGGGCACCUGCUCUCUGCAGGUCGCAGACAAGAGAGUCGGCCGAGCUUCUAUUUUUCUUUCAGAUGAACCUCUGAAAUUCUCGUCUGACUUUAAGCCCAUAAAAAGUGACGGAGCAUCCAAGAACACCGAUGCACCCCUCAUCUGGAAGGUAAAUGGAAAAAAGUUUGAUGUGUCCUUGUCUGAGGAUGGGCUGACCUACACUUUGAAGAUUAAGGAUGUGAAAGUCAGUGACACUGGAGACUACAUCAGCAUCGGUGACCUCACUGCCACCGUGCCACUUUUCAUUGAACGCACUCCCAUCAAGUUUGCCAGCCACUUGAAGAGCGUCCGUGUGCAGGAGAGAGGGCGCCUGGAGGGUAAAAUGAGCUCCAAGGACGGGCACAUUCGCUGGCUGAAAGACGGGUGUGACAUCACAGCGAGUCGUCGCUAGGAAAAGAGGACAGAGGUGACCACCGAGGACUGUGAACUGACAAGCGAGGGAGACUACAUGGUCAUCUGCACUGAGGACAACGACGCUCAUCGAUAUGUGACUUCUGCCAAUCUGACCGUGGAUGGUAAUGAGUUCCUUUUUUUCAUCAGCAUCCGUGUUGGAACAUUAUUAAUAUCUUUUGUUUGUGUUCUGCCGGAGCGUUUUGCCUCACUGAAGAGCGCUAUGUCAGAUGCUCAGUGCCCGUGUGUUGUCCUUGAUGAUGAGAGGGUGGCCGGAGUGUGGCUGAAAGAUGGAGUGGAGAUUUCGGAGCUGAGGGGGGUUCAGGGGGUCAAACAGGGAGCCGUUCACAAGCAGAUCUUCUCUGGUGAUGCUCAUGAGGGAAAGUACACCUUCAGAGCCAAGGGGGCUGAGAGCGAGGCUGUGCUCACUAUUGCAGAUUUCAAAUACCAUUCCUCAGACCACCCUAAGCCUCCUCGAGGGAAAGUAGAGCUCCUCGGGCUAUCAGGAAAGUGUAUCACACCUCAAAACUUUGAGGUGUCUGUGCAAAAGGAAGCCACCAAGAUCCCCAUUGCCGGCACUGCCUUCAAUGUUGGAGGACUUCAAGAGCGGAGAAAGUACCACUUCAAGACUGUCAAUGAAGGAGGGGUGGGGGAGCCCAUUGAGGCCCUGCCUCCUCCUGUGGCACCCAGGUUUGAUCUCAAGGGGAAGCUGAAGAACCAGAUGGUGGUACGAGCCGGAUCGGCACUUUGCCUUCACCUCAGCUUCACUGCUUCACCUCCCCCAGUGGUAACUUGGUUCAAGGAUGGCAUUGUCACUACCGGACGGGAGGAUCACUCCAAGCUCCUCGCUUCCACCUCCCAGCGUUCUGACUCCAGCGUCUACCGUGUACGCCUGAAGAACGACGACGGAGAGGCUCACUAUGAUGUCAGAGUCAGGGUUACGGACUUUCCUCGACCCGCGAAGUGCAUCAGAAGCCUUCAGGAAUGUGCCUCAAGACCACGUCAGGUGAAGCCAACGUUCCUGCUGCCACUUUUCGCAUGAGGCCAUGACUGCACCGUGAGCUGUGCUUAUCAGGCCAGGCCAACAACACAGACCUGCUGGUAUAAGGGGGAAUCAAAGAUAUCUGACUCCACUCGCUCUUGGCAGAGCACAGCCACCCUGGUCAUCUCCACCUGUGGAGCCAAAGGUCAAUACACAGUGGUGCUGGAGAACCCUCUGGGGACGGCCAGGUGCUCCUGCAACCUGGUGAUAUUUGAUAGGCUUUGAGACGACAAGAGUCUGCUGGAGAACCUGAACAAGCAGGCAAACAAAGAGAAGCGUAUCUUAUAA